AUGGCUGAGGAUAGUGGCAAAUCAAGUAGACUUGAUCACCUAAGUACUAUUCAGAGGCUGUGCAAUAGAGCAGGGGUACUCUUUGAGGAUGUAAAUACAGAUCGGGUAAAGAAAAGCAGAGGAAUCACCAAGCAAAGAAUGGAAGGUGUCAUUGACACCCAGGAGGAGAGAAAAACUCAAGGAAGAAGAAGGAGACCACAAAUGGAGGAGGGACAAGCUUCUGGUGCAAUGGACUUGAGCCAAAUGCAAAGAGCCAUUGAAGAAAUGUCUCAGCAAUACAUGAAAGCACAAGAGCAACAGCAAGAGCAAUACUUGAGGCAACAGGAGCAGUACUUGAAAGCCCAGGAGCAACAGGAGAAUUGUCAGUUGAAGAUGAUGGAACAACAAGAAAACUUUCAAAUGAAGAUGAUGGAUCAGCAAAGGGACUUCCAAGCAAGAUCCCUAGAGAGGCAAAUGGAACAAGCAGUUCAAUUUCAAGAAUCAUUUAACAACCUGUUCCAACAACAAGCUAAGCAGGAAAAGUACAUGCAAGAUUUUCAUCAAUGGAAGAACAUAUAUCACACGGCUGGGGAAGCUAGGCAGGUAGACCAAAUGGAAUAUGACAUAGACACUCAAUCAAAGCUAAACUACUUAGUCGGUGGUAUGCCAGUGGUCAACCAAGAGAUCAAGCCAUAUCAAGAGUGGCCUGAGCUAGAAGCAGUACAAAAAGAAAGGGCUAGAAGAAAUUCAGAGAGAAUGGAGAAAGCAUUACAAGAUGCUGGACUAUGGGGAAAAGUGAAUCCAUCUCAAUUCUACCUAGAACCAUUUGAAGAACAAAUGGAACAAAGAAAGAAGAAGAAGCAGGAUCCAAAGAAGAAAGGAGAAUCAAGUAAAGGGAAUGAGCACAAAAAUUAG